CCCGCCGGGUCAAUCCAGUCUCUGGAACCUUCUUUUGCACGCUCGUGUUUUUUAUCCCAGUUUUCCUCAAUUUUCCAGUGAAAAGAGUGCUAAAAUGGCUGCAAUUAGCUUGCUAAAUCCCAAAGCUGAGUUUGCCCGCGCUGCCCAGGCACUCGGGAUUAACAUUUCAGCUGCAAAAGGACUACAGGAGGUGAUGAAACCUAACCUUGGUCCCAGAGGAACGCUGAAAAUGUUAGUUUCCGGAGCUGGGGACAUAAAGAUCACAAAAGAUGGGAAUGUUUUGCUUCACGAGAUGCAAAUUCAGCACCCAACGGCAUCUCUCAUUGCUCGUGCGAGUACAGCACAGGAUGACAUGACAGGAGAUGGAACAACUUCAACUGUUUUGCUAAUUGGGGAGCUCCUGAAGCAGGCGGAGAUCUUCGUUGCUGAAGGAUUGCAUCCACGUCUCGUGACUGAGGGUUUCGAGAAGGCACGAGAUCGUACGUUGGAAGUGCUGGAUGCACUGAAAAUCCCAGCUACGAUUGACAAGAAGGGACUCACGGAUGUAGCCAGGACGUCUCUGGCAACGAAAGUUCGUGCAGAUCUGGCUGAAGUCCUUACGGAGGUGUGCGUAGGGGCUGUGUUGGCUAUCAAGGGGAAGGAUGAUAAGCCCGUGGAUUUGCAUAUGGUUGAAUUGAUGGAGAUGCAGCACAAAACAGCCACGGAUACGCAGCUCAUCGAGGGAUUAGUGCUGGAUCAUGGAGCACGUCAUCCGGACAUGCCGAAGCGUCUGGAGAAUGCAUACAUUCUCACGUGCAACGUCUCCCUGGAGUAUGAGAAGUCUGAAGUCAAUUCGGGGUUCUUCUACAAGACAGCCAGCGAUCGGGAGAAGUUUGUGCAGGCUGAGAGGGAAUUCAUUGAGUUGCGCUGCAAGAAGAUCAUUGAGCUGAAGAAGAAGGUGUGCGAUGGGACGGAUAAGAGCUUCGUGGUGAUCAAUCAGAAGGGUAUUGAUCCCAUGUCCUUGGAUAUGCUGGCCAAGGAGGGAAUUCUGGCUCUUCGUCGUGCCAAGAGGCGCAACAUGGAACGUCUGGCACUCGCAUGCGGGGGCAGUGCGAUGAACUCCGUCGAUGACUUGCAGGAGAGUCAUCUGGGCUAUGCAGGAUUGGUGUAUGAGCACGUCCUUGGUGAGGAUAAAUACACCUUCGUGGAGAAAUGCCGCAAUCCCCAAUCCGUGACGAUUCUCAUGAAAGCCCCCAACAAGUACACCCUGACGCAGAUUAAGGAUGCCGUUCGCGAUGGGCUGCGUGCCAUCAACAACGCCAUUGAUGACAAAUGCGUCGUCCCCGGGGCAGGAGCUUUCGAGAUUCGUGCCUACAAUGAGCUCAUGAAGUUCAAGGAUACCGUCAAGGGGAAAUCCCGACUGGGCAUUCAAGCUUUCGCCGAAGCCCUUCUCGUUAUCCCCAAAACACUCGCCCUCAAUUCCGGGUACGACGCUCAGGACACCAUUGUGAAGCUCCAGGAGGAGGAUCGCCUAAGUCCAGAUCCCGUGGGCUUCGAUAUCUUCACCGGGGAACCCAUGAAGCCCGUAGAUCUCGGUGUUUACGACAAUUACGUCGUAAAGAGACAAAUUGUUCGCUCGUGCUCCGUCAUAGCCAGCAAUUUGCUCCUCGUGGAUGAAAUUAUGCGAGCCGGUAUGACAAGUCUCAAGGGAUAGGCUCCUCCUACCUCAUUCACUUGCUUCCUCCUAAACCUGCUACAGAAAACUUCUUUAAUCAUCAUUCAAAAGCAAAGUGUUUGCAGUAUCUCACGCAUUAACAUUUUAUAUUAAAAAAAAAUGUAUUUUUUAGGGCGGAGUCCCGAUUCAAUAAAACUCCCUCACACUCACAAAA